GAGCUCUUGGGCGCGCCGCUCAUUUUCCCGUUAGGAGGCUCAGGUCGCUCUGGUCUGUCCGCUGACACCGCUUAUCCUUCCCGCCCCAUCCAACACACCGAUCAAGAUGGCAUCAGAUGAAGGAAAACUUUUUGUUGGUGGACUGAGUUUUGAUACCAAUGAGCAGUCAUUGGAACAGGUCUUCUCAAAGUAUGGACAGAUUGCUGAAGUUGUUGUUGUGAAAGACAGGGAGACUCAGAGAUCCAGAGGUUUUGGCUUUGUCACAUUUGAGAACAUAGAUGAUGCUAAAGAUGCAAUGAUGGCCAUGAAUGGAAAGUCUGUUGAUGGGCGGCAGAUUAGAGUUGAUCAGGCAGGCAAAUCAUCAGAAAACCGGUCCCGUGGGUACCGAGGAGGUUCAUCCAGUGGCCGUGGCUUCUUCCGUGGAGGCCGAGGGCGAGGCCGUGGAUUUUCUAGAGGAGGUGGAGACCGCGGUUAUGGGGGGAGCAGAUUUGAAUCAAGAAGCGGGGGAUAUGGAGGUUCCAGAGAUUAUUACAGCAGCAGCAGGAGUCAAGGAGGUUAUGGUGACCGGUCUUCAGGAGGGUCUUACAGAGACAGCUAUGACAGUUAUGGUAAGUCCUGGUUCAAAAGGGAACGCCGACUAUGUAUGUGGGAACUCUUAAUCUUGAUUCCAUGACCUUGUACUGAUCUCUGGAAGUUAAUUUUAAGGCUCUCAACGCUCAGACCUUAUCACGGUGCUUUUCCCGUAAGGAACAAGUCCAUUCUGUCAGGUCUUGGUGCGAGGAACCAUUUUCUGCCUAAAAAAAAAAAAAGAAAAGAAAAAGAAAAAAAAAACUUGACCUAGUGUUAAUGCAUGUGUAGGCCUUAGUUGGAGCUGCAAAGCAUCUUUAGUGUCCCCUUCUGUGACCUCCUAACGAUGCAGACCUCAGAGCGUCCUAACACGCUUUAGACAUGGGGGGGGGAUUCUCCUUAGGAUCAUGUAGUGGCCUAGCCUCCGCAGUAAUUCAGGGGAGUGAAAUGCUACAACUUGUCAUGUGCUUCAGUGCCUUUACAAUUGUGCCUGCUUCUUGUCCUCAGCUACACACAACGAGUAAAAAUCCUUCCUGAAUCAAGAUCGUCCUUCCAAUGGCUGUAUUUAUAAAGAUUUUUGGAGCUUCGCUGAAUCGUUAUUGUGUAGUACCCAUCUACUUGUAUUCACUUUUGUAGUAUUAUCAGUUCUGAUCUUGUCAAACACAGCCUGACAGCUUCGGACAUGAGAUGGCCUAAUUAGACUUUUCUUUUAAGAAAGCUCUUGUCUGUUCUCGAGUAUUUUUUUUUUUUUUUGUAAGCAUUUUUGAAAGCACUUCGGAUUUUAUUUUUUCUUUUCGUCAUGAGCCAAGGUGUGGUGGUUUUCUUUUUUGUUACUGUUUUUUUUCUUUUGAUUUUUUUUUUUUAAUUUUGAUUUUUUUUUUCUUUUUACAACAAAACUUGUGAAAUUGGGGGCCCUGGUUCGGUUUUCUUUGAGCUAGAAAAGGACCUUAAAUUCAAUGUUCACGGGAAGCUGAACAAGCUGUGGAGGUUUGGCUUUUUUUUUUUAAGUGCGUUAUCUUCAACUUUUUGUAACCUUCCUUUAGUGUAGCAAGGUAGGAAUGCAGCCGUGAGGGUUUGUGGAGAGGCAGACCACCUUGGUAUAUCUAAAGAGAAACUGCUUGUAUGUUCACUCUGCAUAAAGGUAUUUUUACUGUAUACUGUAAAUUACCCAGAAAUAGACUUGCAAACUUUCCAUAAAAGAGGUUCUUGAAAAUGUUUAUUUAUAUUGUCCUUUUUUUACUGGAAGAAGUAUGCAUAUUCCAUUGAUAUUGUAUUUGAAGUGGUUAAGGAAUUCUUGUAUACAGUUUUCUUUGGCUUUACGAAGCCUAUUAAAAGACCGUCUGAAAUGAA